CGUUCCGCCGAUAAACUCUAGAUUAUUGUGAAAUUGCACUCUAUGAUUUCUGGGUGGGUUUUUUUUUUUUUUUGUUUUUUUUUUUGUUGUUUUUUUUUUUCUUUUUUUUUUUUUUUUUUUUUUUUUUGCUAUGUUAUGAUACUGAUAUCGUGUGAACAAGGCGUACUUUAAUGCAUAUUAAUGUGUGAACUAAGAGCACAUCGAUGCUCUAUAUCGCGUGAACUAGUGGAGACACAGGCUGUGGACUGCGUUUGAAUUAUAUAGGUACCUGAACCGUUGGGCGCUGAAGUGUAAAAUAGUGUAAAAUAUAUCUAUAUACUUAAAUUUCACUAAACACAAUUAAAACAGGCUUGUAUGUCUUUGGAUGGAAGUGUGUGUUUGGUGUUUGAAAUGCCUUGUGAUAAUAAACAAGCCCAUGUUGUAUACUCUUGUUUAAAGAGCGCGGGAGUGCGGAAUUAGAUAUUAUCGAUACUCAUUCCCCGUGUGUGCUUAUCAACCCAAAAGAUGUGUGACUUUUAUCUCACAAACCCUUGAAGAAGUUUUCUUGUGAUAACUGGCGAUUAAAUGUAAAUUAAACAAACUAAGAAAUAGAAUCCACAAAAAGAUUUAAAUACUAGUGCGUGGAUGGACGCGCUACCCUGAGCACCCCAGAUCUGUCCACAUUAAACGUCAUUGUUCGAAGUUUUGAACGGCUUAAAUCCCCCUAAAGGCCCCCAAACAGUAGGAUUUAAAACACAGAUGAUCUAAACUAAACUUCAACUAAAUUUAAAAGAAUUAUUUUGAUUGGAAGCCUGACGUCUCGAGGUGAGCGUCCCGAGAGUUUACACUCAUAGCAACCAAGGUUCCUCCAAUCAUGCCGUCCAGUUCAGCCUCAGAGAAAGGUAGGGAGAAUAAGAUUUACCGCACCCCCUCCACCCCACCCCCGGACGCUCUCCUGGAGAAAGAGAAGGGCUUCGUUCUGGACUGUGGAGCUGUCAGUAGUAUUUCCACUGACUAUUCCAAGACCAACCCUAAACUGGGACCCGUCAUCCCGCCCUACAACUCCCAGAAGGACAAGCAUGUGGACGAGUACUAUGAGUUUAUCGGAGUAGAUGAGACUUUGGAGAAGACAGGCCAGAACGAGGGCGGUACCUCGAUAGAGGGUCCGGUAUCUGACUACUUUCACGACAAGGGGACAGGGUUCCAGUACCUUUCUCUGAGGAACCAGUUUGGCGCUGGUCAUUCCGGGGAAACCACAGACGGACACGCCCAGUUCAUGCAGGGAGUCCAACCCGUCAUCGGGUACAACGGAAAGUUUGGUUAUCGUAGAAACACCCCGUGGCUCCGGAAAGAUCCGUCACCCUUCGGAACCGGAAGUAGAUCAGCCACACAUUGAUAGCGGCCUUAAAUUGAAAAUCUGUGAUUUUGUGUAAAUAUGUUCCAUACUUUCAUUGAAAAGCACAAUUUAUUUCAUGUGUGUUUUGUAAUCAGUGGCAUAUUUUGUUUGUUUGUGAAAAUACAAGUAAACUAGUAUUAUUAACUAUAUUCGUGAUCUGACUUUUAUUGAAAAGUUUGCUACAAGAGUCAACAAAAUUUACUUUUGAAUGUAAAACAAUGCUCGGAAUGAAACAUUCUUUUAAGGUAGGGUACAUUUGCAUGCACAGUGCAAGGUGUCUUAUGCUUAAUGAAACUUACCUGUAAAUCGGUGGUGACUUUUUAUACUUACAUGUUAGUUCGAAUGUUAAUGCUUGUAAUAUUAAGUAGUAAUACGUCACGAAUUAGUACAUCACUGUGUUAAAAAACUUUUAAAGAUUAAUCUGGAUAUGUUUUUCUAACUCUGUCUGUUGGGACGGAAAAUGAGUUAUCGUUUACUGAAUAAAAGGAUGAUUACAUGUAUAUGAUAUGGUGUAUCUCCAGCGUACAAUGUAACGGAGUCUACAUAGGGAGAAGUGGUGUUGCUUGUCAACAAAAUAUCUGUAUAACUACAUGAUCAUUAAAGAUAUACUGACCGUC